AUGUCCGCUGCCACAAAGGUUUCCCGUCCGUCUUCAAUGUCCCUGCACAAGUCAAUUCCUACAAGGACAGUUGUCGUCAUGGGCGGUUCCUACGGAGGUUCAAGAGCCGCUCAACUUCUUGCAGAGGGUUUACCACAGGACUGGAGAGUUGUUUUGGUAGAUAGAAAUUCAUAUGCUGUUCUUGCCGGUCACGAGCACAAAGCAUUUAUCCCGUACAUCAACUUCCCUUCUGGCUCACUUUCAGACAUUCAUUCAUGUUCGACUCAUGUUCGUGUGCAAGCAACUAUCACCUCCAUAGACGACCAUCGCAUCAUCCUCUCUCCGAAUCUGGGAGAAUUAGAGCAAUCAUCUUUAGAGUUUGAUUAUGCCAUUUAUGCUCUCGGCUCCCACUUGCCCUCGCCAAUAGACCUUUGGGGUCACGAAAAAGGUAGAAUGAAGUCGAGUUUGGAGCCAACUGGACUACCAAAAUACGGGGGAACAAAGUCAGAGGGUAUCUCGUCCCUCCAGGAACGCCAGAAACGGGUCGAGGCUGCCACGUCUGUGUUAGUCGUUGGUGGCGGCGCCCUUGGUAUCCAAUUUGCAACCGACAUCGCUGCCGUAUACCCGCAAAAGCGUGUCACGCUUCUGCAUUCCCGUCAUCGUUUAUUGCCGAAGUUUGACGACGGGAUACAUGAAGAAGCCCUUCAGGGCUUGCAGGAGUUGAAUGUUCGGGUUAUUCUUGGAGAGCGACUCGAUUUCGAGUCUCUCCAACACACAUCUAAGAAAGGGUCUUCAGAACCACGCGUAGUACGAACUCUAUCAGGGCAGACAAUAACUGCCGACCUACUGGUAGGAUUUUCCAAAUUAACGAGCGACAGUCAAGUACCGAACACGAAGCUCCUCCGUGAUAUGGACCCUCGUACUAUAGUCACAGACACUGGACUGGCAUGUGUUCUGCGGACUAUGCAACUUUUCGUUCCGCCACCUUUAAAGCCUCACAAGUUUCAGGCAGAUAACGACGACGACAACGACGAUGAUGUACUGCAUUGGUUGAAGAACUUUACUUUUGAUAUAGAAGAAGCGGCAGGGCCAUUAGAAUUACCGCCGUCGUCGCCAUCUGUCGCAGAUGACGACAUAUCUCCGACGACAUCUUCUCCACGCAUUCCAAAUUCGCCGUAUUGCCUGUCACCCAGCUCAUCCACGGACACCCUGGUGGAAUCUGACUCAUGCCAAGAGACUUUAUACCCCAAUAUCUUCGUCGUGGGGGAUGCAGCAGACGCAUUCGACGCGAUCAAAGCUGGACAUACAUCAUACUAUCAAGCGGAAGUUGCCGCUCGGAAUAUCCUACGCCUCAUCCAACGAGAUGGGAAAGUUGGGCCUGCAGUUAAAAACGACCUAGAUUCGGAACUCGAGGAGUAUGCGCCUGGACCUCCGGCGAUUAAAGUGACGCUUGGUAUGACGAAGUCGGUAUAUGAGGUGAACGGGAUCGUGGGCACAAAAAAUGAUGGUGUGGAGGAUUUGAAUGCUGCUGCUAUGUGGGCAGGGAGAGGGAUACUGGAUGUGAGCGAGGAGGGUAUGUUUGCGUAG